UGACCUGCCUGGUUACACUUGAUCAGGGUAGGGGGCGAUGAUAUUCAGCUGCGCAUCACCCACAACAUCUCAACAUCAAGGACGGCCUAGUACAUGAAUCACCUCUUGGCUCUCAACAAUGUUUGACCUCCAGAAGCUGAUCAUUGACAUAUUUGUUCAACAUCCCUUAUUGAUAACGGCCACCCGGGGGAAAGAUGAAUAUGAUAAAAAGGCAAAAAAUGCACCAUGGCCGGAAGACAAUGCUAAAUACUAUCUACGACAUGCUGUCAUUGGUUCUUGCGCAGAGACUUUCAACACGAAUUCGCCAUUCGGUAUGCCAGCUAGCAUUUAUUGCUUCUGCUCUUGUUUUAUGUCCAUAGACCAGGGACCAAACCUAAAGUCUCCUUGGAAUUGCGCCAAAGUACCAACAACCUGGAAAAUCCUAGAGCGAAGCUGGAUUCCGUACUAUCUUUCAAGUGACCGUGGGAUGGGGAAGCCCAAGUCCAAUCGUGGGAAAGUCACACCAACUGCCAGCAGAGCUCAUGCGUACUCUUCUAGCUGUGUUUCGCAAUUUAAUGGUCCCAAAUCACCGUUUACAAGAAGCAUCCAGGGGUUGGAAUGAUAUUUGGUGCGCCCGGAGUUGGAGCUUUGGCGAAACCAACUACUUAUAGAAAUACACUUCUGUUGUCUAUGUUAUUUACGUCUGGGGGCUAUUGAUAUCUUCAUGUCAGACUGGUCUUGUAAAAAACCAUUGGUUUCGGC